AUUAAUGACCUUGAUGAGUGUGAAUCUCUACAUUUACAGACAGAGGAGCUAACGGUGUCACUAACCAGGCCAGUGUACAACACGUCAUACUAUUCUAAUACAUCAACAUUAGCAGGAGUUGCAGGCAUUGAUAUCCCUAUACAAACCCUAAAGAAUCUCUCGCCCUUUGAAGCCCUGGGACCAAAUGGUUACGCAUUCAUCAUUAACCACAAUGGUUUCCUUGUGCUUCAUCCAAGACUCUGCAAACAACUCUCCUAUCUUUUGGGUCCUCCUCACAUAGACCUACUGGACGUUGAAGAAGACAUACAGAAGACAAAUUUAAUUCGAACCAAUAUGAUAAGGGGCAAAAUUGAAAAUGUCCAAGUUUUGGGUAAGAUCAGAGUAGAUGAAGCUCAUCGGGUUCUCUAUGAUGGAAUACAAUUUUCCUACUCCCCUGUUCCUAACACCUCUUACAGCCUUGCUCUCAUAAACCUCAAAAGGUCAGAGCAUUUGGUUAUUCAUGAUCAAGACACAACAAUGAUGACUCCCCCUAAUGUAUCAACCACAGUGAUUGCACCGUGGCCAUACUGUCGAGGCCAGCAACAUAGAAGUCAUGAUGAUCACCUGAUUACUCUCAUAAGGGAUAUUCAAAAUAAAAAACGCACAUGCCGUGAUGACCUUGUUCAAGGAUUGCUGUGGUCACAAACAUGGACACAGCCAUUGCUUGAUAAGUGGAUCAGUGAUCGGUCACUCUCAGACAUCAUUGGCAGAGUCAUCUUCACCAGAUUUGGCCUAGCAAGAUUUUAUCCUGAAAGUCAGAAGCCUGGUGUGAAUCGGUGGCAUGAUCCCUGGUACAACUCUGCACUGCGGAGAGCAGAACUCAACAGGAAAGUGUCUGUUAUUCCGCACUCCCUUGGUGCAGUCCUUUCUGCUCCAGUCAUAGUACAGAAGAAUGGAGAUGAAGUAAUGGCUGCAGCUGUGGCAGUAAACCUUACUGCAAAUUUCCUGCAUAGAGGUUUUGUGGAGCAGCUACAAAACAAAGAAUGGUGGGAUCAGAAUGAAUACCUUGUACUGCUUCUUGAUGAUGGAGGACUCAUCAUCACAUCGAACAGAGAACUUAUGCAUGGUAUAACCCUUCAGGGUAUGUUCAUUGGGGACCUUGACAUACCAAUAUUAAAGCACCUGAAGGAUUCAAGAUUAUACGAUGUGGAAGUUGAAGUUGACAAACAGGCUAUAUGUAAGGAGCUCAAACAUAAUGAGACAAGUGCUGGUCCAAGAAGUUCUCACAUUCCCAGUCCUUUGUCAUUUGUAGCCAGCAUUUUGAUCGAGGUAUUCUCUUGGGCAGAAUACCUAAAAUAUCUACUUUACAGUGGUGUACUUGCUAUCAUAACACCAAGUGUUGAGGCUUGGUCAGAAUGGGGCAUGACACAAAUUGGAGGUAUGGAGUCAUGCAGAAUGGAGAGAGCAAUCUAUUAUUUUGGUGAGACAAAAACACUCUCAGGCAUCCUGAAAUGUAACAAUUAUUCUGCAAAAUUCUGGGCUGAGCGACUGCAAGAUACAAAUGCAAUGCUGAUUGCUAUUGAAAUGAGUGCCAAUGUACAAGAAUGUGGUGUAUAUUCCAACCUACCUGGCAUUCAACCAAAACGAGUAACUUCACAAGAGCCAUGUGCGUAUCAGGACAGGUACAGAAAACGACUGAUUAGCUGCCUUACAAGUAAUUCAAUGAAUGAUGUUGGCUGCAAUGGAUGUCCAAACCACCUAGAAGUAUCCCUUGCCCAUGUGUUGCUAACUGUUGCUGUGUGUAGUAACUUUAUAAAUAAAAGUUUUUCAUUAUAAUUAUUGCUUAUUAUUGUUAAGUCUUAGCUGAAUUUUGUGGAACUCAGUUCAUUUAAUCAAUCUGGUUGAUAUCGAUUUAUCCAUGACAAAGACAAGAGCAAUUGUCAAUAUAUGUUGACCUCUAGCUAAGGUUGGUCCUCUAAAACCAAUACAAAGGAAUGAGGAGAGAGACCAAGCAUUUAUAAGGGCAGGUGAUUCCUUGGCAUCCACAUUGUUGGGGUGGAAUUUCUUUGAUACUGUAGGCUAUCCUUCUAAAUAUGUGAAGGUGCUCAGAUCCUUUAUAUAAGCCUGUAUAUUUGAGCAUUUGAGUUCACAGGUAAUUCUGUGGUAUAAGAAAAGAAUUUAGGAGCACUGCAAUGUCCUAUGCUUUACAAUCAAAAUGGCAGCCCUUAUUUAAGGUUGUACUGCGAGCAUCUUGGUGGUUAUUGUAUGGAUGCCUGAUUACACUGUUGUGGGAUGUGUUUUCUUUUCUUAAUGCAUAUUUGGUUAUAUCAGGUUUGACAUUUCUAAAUGUUAAUGUCUGAUAGGACUUCAACUGAUUUUCAUUUCUUUGGGCUUUCAUUUUGUAAUGGUUUUCACAAUCUGAGUUGAUUGUGCAGUGCAAAUAUUUAAUAUGUUGGUACUGUACAAAUUUUUCAUGUGUUUGUGUUCUACUAUCCUAGUUUCAAGAUCUCCGCCAGUUUCUAUGUGCACAGAGCUCACAUGUUGCUACCCAAAUUACGAAACUGUCUUUUGAAGAUGCACAAAAAAAAAAAAUCAGUGUAUGCAGGAGUAACUGACUGGGAUCUUGAGUAAGAUAAUUGAACAAAAGUGCUCAGCCAGGUAUGGUCAUGAAAGUUCUGCACUGUUCCAACCUAUUAAAAAUCUGCACCUCACAAUCAACAGGGAUAUUAUUAUUAUAAUAAAAAAGAAGCGCUAAGCCACAAGGGCUAUACAGCGCUGCAUCAACAGGGAUAAUAUUAACAACAUUUAUAAAGUGAUGACUUGUACAAACAAAAAUAAAUUGAAGCCAUAAAAUUUAACACUGAUGAAAGAAAUUUCAAAUCAGAUGUGAUAACCAAAUAGGCACUAUAAGACGCAUCUCAGCACCGAGUUUAACCAUUUCACUGUGCUGUAGUACCAUGCCUUUGAGUUCACUGGCCAUGCCAUAGUACUAUGUGAUAGCUCAGCUCGCUCAGAUAAGCUGUGAACAGUAAAUUUGGGCCUAGAUAUAAAAGAAUGGGUUGAUGCAGUGUGCACCACAUAAAAAAAAUCCUGCAGCAAGCGGUGCACAAGAAAAAAAACUGCAGCCGUGUUUUUGGUUUAAAACAGCAGCUUUGUGGUAUACUACUUUCGUAUGGGUUUUAUGGUUGUAUUCUCACUUUAUAGAAUGAAAGAUGUAUUACAGAAACAGAGAUGAUUUUGACUGAUUUUAGGACUGAAAAUAGCUUGAAAUUGAGCUCAAACUAGCGGGAAUGUUCAAUUUUUGUUGUUCAAGAAAAAACACGUCACAUCCGAGUCCAACAAGCCUUAACGAAUGCAAUAUUAUUUGUACAAUUAUUACAAUAUUUCAUAUUAGUAAAGCUUUAUUUUUUUUGUGUGAAUAAAAAAUCAAAAUAGAAUUCACGUGUAAAGCCGAGAACGUAACUAAUGAACAGAGGAAAUGUUAUUAAGUGCCAGGAAUGCCUGCAUUUAUUCUGGACCCUAUUUUGAGAGUUGAAAUAUAGCCUACCCUCACUUACAAUGGGCUCUCUUACCAGUAUGCACACCUAAGUAAUGUUUAUUAGAGCUAAUUUCCUCUCUUCUGUUUAUUACAAUAUACAGUACACUACUGUAUAAACACUUAAAAAUAUACUAAAAAUGUUAUAAAUGGUGCAAAGGUGACAUUAAAAUAAUAUCAAAGAUGGUUGACACAAACCCACAACCAUUAUAGUAUGCUCCUUGCUUAGUGACAAAUUUGUUUACCAACAUGGUCUUAGGAGCGGAACUCCGUCAUUAACCUUUUCAGGGUCCGUGCCGUAGUUCUACGGCUUUGAGUUGAAGAUCCAAACCGUAGAUCUACACCAUGAGCUCAGCUCACUCUGAUAAGCUGUGAGUGGUAAAUCUGGGCCCAGAUAUGAGAGAAUACAUCUAUGUGGUAUGUGUGCACCACAUAAAACAAAUCCUGCAGCACACAGUGCAUGAGAGAAAAAAAAACACCGCAAUUUUCAAUUAAGUGACUUUGCAGUGUUUUUUGUACGUUUUUUAUAGUUGUAUUUGCGAUUUCUUGAUCUCAUUUGAUAGAAAGGAAGAUAUAUUACAGAAAUACAGGUGAUUUUGAUUGGUUUUAGUACUGGAAAUGACUUGAAACUGAGCUCAAAGUGGCAGAAAUGUUAAAUUUUUGGCGAUGUUCAAGAGUAAACAAAUGACCUCACACGUCUAAUACACACCAGCUGGUGGGUCUAAUAUACAUACACAAAUGUGGUGAUAUUAUUUAUACAAUUAUUACAAUAUUGCAUAACAGUAAAUCUUCUAUUUUUGGUUUGAAUUAAAAUUCAUUAUGUGAAUAAAAAAUCAAAAUGGAAUUCAUUUGUAAAGCCUGAAAAAUGUAAUGAACAGAGAAAAUGUUAGUUUAGUGCCAGGAAUGCCUGCAUUGUUUAUUCUGGACCCUAUUUUGAAACUGGAAUAUUUUGAACUGUGCAUUAAAUUGGCCAAAUUACCAAUUUCCGAUGACUUUAUUUUGUAGUUGAAACAGUUGACUUGGCGAUUUCUUGUGCUCAAUCGAUAGAAGUAAUACUAGUGAAAUAGCUAAGAAUUUGGUCCACUGGAAUAAUGUAAUUGGCCUAAAAUGGGAGUCAAAGCCAGUAAAAUUGCCGAUGCUUAAAUAUCACUGUCACAUCAAAAUUCACGAGAGCAUAAGUUCGACAAUUUUCCAUCAAAUUUCGUACUUUUUGUUUACCUUCAGAAAAAGAUUCUCUACCAUUUCAUAAGAAAAAAAUAAAAAGAUUUUGUUGGAAAAUUCUUGGACCCUGGUGCACACUUUGAAAUUUGGCCUCUGGACCCUGAAAGGGUUAAGCGAAGAGAGGCUGUAUUUUGAAAUGUAUGAAAUUGGCCAAAUUUCCUGAUUAUCACUUUAUUGGGUAGUUAAAAUAGUUGAUUGGGCAAUUUCUUAUGCUCAGAAGAUAAAAUGGAAGACAUACUAGUGAUAUAGCUAAGAAUCUGGUCGACUGGAACAAUGUAAUUAGCUUAAAAUAGGACUCAAAGUGAGCAAAAAUAACUGAUGCGUAAAUAUUGCUGACAGCAAAAUUUGUGAAAGUGUAAUUUUGUCAAUUUUCGAUCAAAUUUGGUACCUUUUGUUUUAUUGCCUUCAGAAAAAGAUUCUCUACCAUUUCAUAAAAAAAAAUAAAAAAUUUUUUUGAAAAUUCUGGAACAUUGUGGACAAGUUCCAAAUUGGGGCUCUGAACAGUGAAAUGGUUAAUCAAGAAUCCACACACACAUGUGGGACCAGGAGUUAAGACUCGACCCCUGCAACCACAAAUAGGUGAGUACACACACACACACACACACACACACACACACACAAUAAAAAAAAAUUAACAAACCGGUCAUAUCCCACCAAGGAAGGGUGACACUAAAAAAGAAAAACGAAAUAGUAUUCUUUUUUUAAGUUUAGUUUACAUAGAGGUUACUAGCCCCUUGCUCCUGGCAUUUUUAGUCACCUCACAUGAUACACAUGGCUUAUAGAGGAAGAAUUCUUUUCCACUUCCCCAUGGAGAUAAGAGGAAAUAAAGAACAAGAACUAUUGAGAAAAUAGAAAACCCAGAUGGGUGUGCAAAUAUAUAUGCAUGUACAUGCAUGUGUAGUGUGACCAAAGUAUAAGUAGAAGUAGCAAGAUAUACCUGUCUUCUUGUGUGUCUAUGAGGCAGUAAAAAGAUGCCAGCAAUCCUACCAUCAUGUAAGACAAUUACAGGUUUCCGUUUCACGCUCACUUGGCAAGACGAUGGUACCUCCCUGGGUGGUUGCUGUCUGCCAACCUACUACUUCCAAGCAAAAUUUUUAUCAUCAUCACGCAGGAACGCUAAACCCAGAGGAAAUCAUACAGCAUCUGUGGGGGAAGGGGAUGGAAGGCAUGCAGGCUUAAUUCAGGGAACUGGAGUACUGAUCCAAUUCCCUAGAUCAAGAGUCCCUCACCAGCAUCAAGGAAUCUGCAUCAAGAGGCCUCACAGCAAAACCUUUAAGGGCUGCCAAUUUGAGUGUGAAGAACCAGACCAGCCUUGCAUGGAAUAAAAUGCCUAUCACAGUACUCCUCAAUUCUUUUUGUUCUUAUGCAUCUUAAGCCACACCAAUUACUCAGACUCAUUUCCAAACAAGAACAGUGUAUUAUGAGAGGUCACCUCAAUGCCUUUAUUUUCAUAAAAGGGUAGAAUACUAUGAGAUGGUAUCAAGCACCUUGAGGAACCAAGAAGUUCCACCCUGACAAUAUGGCUCUCCUCAUUCCUUUGUAUCUUUUUAGAGGACCUCAACCAGAGGUUGAAAAAUACAACCAUUCUUUCUUGUUUUUGUUUCCAUGUGAGUUUUCCUCUCUCACUGCAGAAAACCCUCAGUGAUCAGUGUUCGUUACAUUUUAUUGCAUACACAUACUGUACUGUGUGUGUGUACGUAUAUAUAUACGUAUGUGUAUUAAUAUAUACAUAUACAGUGGAACCUCGGUUUUUGUAAUCCCUAGUUUGUAUGUAAAACUAUAGUUAUUCUCUAUAAAAUGUAUUUUUUGUUAAUAUUUCCCAUAAGAAAUAAUGUAAAUCCAAUUAAUCUGUUCCAGACAUCCAAAACUAUUAAUACAAAAUACAUUUUAUAGAGAAUAACUAUAGUUUUGUAUACAAACUAGGGCAUAUGAAAACAGAGGUUCCAUUGUAUGUAUACAUGCAUACUCGGUACGUAUAUGGUAUAAUAAAUUCGUCAGGAUGCCUUACAGUUUGUAAUCUUAGUGUAAAUUCUUACAAAGUUCUCACUAUGAAAAUUUUAAUUUACCAAAAUCUCACAUGAGGGUUACAUUAUGAAAUCGAUGCAUUAUGUAAUUUAAUUUUUUUAUGUUACUAACAUGAAAAAAAUAGGAUGAACUUUUUGAGAUUUCCCAAAGAGCCAAAAAAAAAAAAAAUUUAAGUUUCCUAUUUUGUCAAAAAUAUUUUUUUUUAUAGGGAUGAGACUACACCAAACUUGUGCUGAAGGCGAUACCAUCAAAAUUAGCUGAUACUAGACCUGAUACCAUCAAAAUUGAUACUUUGGCACACCCUCUAAUGUUUUUCAUUGCUUGUUGAUCUAGAAAUACAUAUGUACCCAGAACCUAAAUAAAAACUUUAUUAAAUAAAGUUACUUACGUAGGGCCAUGGGGAAGCUGGUGGUUGAGGCAGUAUGUCUAUUCUUUCCAAAAAUGAACAGCUACAGUGUUCCAGGGGUCAUGUGAAAGGCUAAUAUGCUGUCAGUAACUAUAUAUUAUAGCAACUGCCCAGGGAGGUACUACCGUCCUGCCAAGUGAGCGUAAAACGAAAGCCUGUAAUUGUUUUACAUGAUGGUAGGAUUGCUGGUGUCCUUUUUUCUGUCUCAUUAACAUGCAAGAUUUCAGGUAUAUCUUGCUACUUCUACUUACACUUAGGUCACACUACACAUACAUGUACAAGCAUAUAUAUAUAUAUAUAUAUUCACACACACCCCUCUGGGUUUUCUUCUAUUUUCUUUCUAGUUCUUAUUCUUGUUUAUUUCCUCUUAUCUCCAUGGGGAAGUGGAACAGAAUUCUUCCUCCGCAAGCCAUGCGUGUUGUACGAGGCGACUAAAAUGCCGGGAGCAAGGGGCUAGUAACCUCUUCUCCUGUAUAUAUUACUAAAUGUAAAAGGAGAAACUUUCGUUUUUCCUUUUGGGCCACCCCGCCUCGGUGGUAUAUGGCCGGUGUGUUGAAAGAAGAAAGAAAGAAGUUUAAAAUAUGCCACAAGUGAACAAGAAUGAAUUUUACCCUACCUUAAAGUCUUUAUUCAUGUUACAUGUUGAUAUACAAGUGUUUGGAAAUGGUUAAGUAGCUCUGAGCAGUAGACAGCUCUGAGUUGUCUGUUUUACAGUAUUAGCUGACACCUCUCAUAUCUCACUGUAUGUAUAAUAUUUCAUUUACAAUAGUGACAACAAUUUGUCCUACUCUAAAUUCCAUUUCCUUUGUUGAUAUAGAAGUCUGGUGAUGGUUAUGCAACUACUGAGCAAUAGACGACCAAGUCAUCUGCUUAUGUUUAAUCAGCUGGCGACUGUGGGUUGUCUGUCAAGAUUUAUAUGGCCACUAUAUCAUAUGCUGUAUUGAUCCAGAAUCAGCAGCCAGCUUUCCUCAGGCCAUAGUAAUCUAAACAAACAUUUUCAUGCCUCAGCCAUUCUUUGUUUUAAACUUUUUCAGCACUUCAAAGCAUCACAAUAAUAUUUAUUGAAAAGACAUUAAUCGCAUUUUGGUGCUGUGAUAAACUUGGGUGUAAAAUAGCUUCAGCAGUAGAUCUUCCUCUUGGGAAUCUCAACCAUAUGAGGAGCAGAAAUACCAAAGCCCAUGUAAACAUCAACAGUAACAGCCUGGUUGAUCAGGCUCUAAUCCACCAGGAGGUCUGGUCACAGACCGGGCCACGGGGGCGUUGACCCCCGGAACUCUCUCCAGGUAAACUCCAGCUAUUUUCAAAACUUCUGUAAUUUCAAACCUUAUCAGUGCUAAAAUAUAAAAGAUCAAUUAUCAAGCAGAAGGGAGUUUGAUAGUUCAAAAAUAAAUGGUGUUUAUCUUGGGUUUGGUAUUUCUGUUUCUCAAAUACAUAUCUUUCUUUCAAUAUACCAGCCGUAUCCCACCGACGUGGGGUGGCCCAAAAGGAAAAACGAAAGUUUCUCCUUUCAAAUUUAGUAAUAUAUACAGAAGAAGGGGUUACUAGCCCCUUGCUCCCGGCAUUUUAGUCGCCUCUUACGACACGCAUGGCUCACGGAAGAAGAAUUCUGUUCCACUUCCCCAUGGAGAUCAAAUACAUAUACAGUGGACCCCCGGUUAACGAACUUUUUUCAUUCCAGUAGUAUGUUCAGGUGCCAGUACUGACCGAAUUUUUUCCCAUAAGGAAUAUUGUGAAGUAAAUUAGUCCAUUUCAGACCCCCAAACAUACACGUACAAACGCACUUACAUAAAUACACUUACAUAAUUGGUCGCAUUUGGAGGUGAUCGUUAAGCGGGGGUCCACUGUAUAUACAUACAUAUAUGCAUGCAUGCCAGGGGUCAGGAGCUAUGCAACCACAAACAGGCGAGUACAUAAAAAACACAAUUUUUUUUUUUUUUUUUCAACAAGUCGGUCGUCUCCCACCGAGGCAGGGUGACCCAAAAAAAAGAAAGAAAAUCCCCAAAAAGAAAAUACUUU